UAUCAUUUUGUGGAACUGGAACCCCCAACAUUGACGCCAAGACUAAUCCGAUUGGUCUGUGUUUCUAUUAGCUAUAAUGUGCCUGAAAAAUAAUUUUUCCCAACAAAAAGUAGAGAGAGCUCAAGAAUAUAGAGCAUGGCUAUGAAGCCUAUGAUUAAAAGCUGCUGCUGUGGUCCAUGUUUAGUGGCUUCUAUCAUUCUUAAUAUCUUAUUUUUGACAAAUCUUUAUGUGGGGGUGAAGUGGAAUGAUCUAAGUUGGAGCCAGAGAGCUUCAGCCGAAGCUGAGGCUGUGGCAGCCCCCUCAUGCUCAGGCCAUGGGAGAGCCUAUUUGGAUGGGUUGCUUGUUGAUGGAAAACCUGCUUGUGAGUGCAAUUCAUGCUUUGGAGGCUCUGAUUGCUCUGAGUUCUCACCUGAUUGUGUUGCAGAUGCAGACAGUGGGGAUCCAUUGUACUUGGAGCCUUUCUGGAUGAAACAUGCAGCUAGUAGUGCAGUCUUAGUGGCUGGUUGGCAUCGAAUGAGCUACCGAUUUAGUGACGGUUCUGUCAUUUCACAAGAACUGGAGAAGCACAUCCGCAAAGUACAUGCCAUUGCCGGAAAUGCAGUUACAGAUGGAAGAUACAUUGUUGUUGGAGCUGGCUCAACCCAUCUCCUUGGUGCAGCAGUUUAUGCCCUUUCCACAGGGAACUCAUCUUCACCUGCAAAAGUUGUUGCUUCAACACCUUAUUACCCGCUUUAUAAACAACAAGUAGACUAUUUCCGAGCAGUUGAUUUUGAGUUUGAAGGGGAUGCAUCCUUGUUGAACAAUACUUCGGAUACCACCUCAAGAAUCAUUGAGUUUGUAACUUCACCAAACAAUCCAGAUUGUCAAUUGAGGAAGGCUGUUCUUAAUGGUCCAUCUGUGAGAACCAUUCAUGAUCACGCCUAUUAUUGGCCACAUUAUUCUGCAAUUCCAGCUCCAGCAGAUGAAGAUCUCAUGAUUUUUACAAUUUCUAAGCUCACUGGCCAUGCUGGAACUAGAUUUGGGUGGGCAUUGGUAAAGGAUGAGGCUGUGUACCAAAGAAUGCUGGAAUAUAUAUCCAUGUCCGAAUUGGUAACCUCUAAGGAUACACAGCUAAGAGCGUUACAGCUUCUGAAAGUAGUCCUGGAAGGAGAUGCAAGGCAAAUAUUUGAUUUUGCAUUCCAUAGAAUGAGAGACCGCUGGGAAAAAUUGAGCAAGACCUUAUCGACGUCAAAACGUUUUUCCCUACAAGUAAUUGCACCACAGUACUGCACUUUUUAUCAGAAAGUCAGAGGACCCUCUCCAGCUUAUGCCUGGUUGAAAUGUGAGAGGGAAGAAGACGGAGAUUGUACUGUUGUUCUGCGAUCAGCAAAUAUCAUUGGUCGUGAGGGUACCAUGUUCAACACUGGGAGUCGCUAUGUACGUCUCAGCCUCCUCAAGAGGGAUGAUGACUUCAAUUUUUUGCUGAACAUGAUCAAGAAGUUAGUCUCGGAGGAAUAUCGUGCUGAAAAUAUGGGAAGAUUACAAUCAAUCAUUGGUUGAUUACGAGCUGAUCAUACAAUAAUUGUUUAGCUAAUGUGUGUGUCAUCAACAUCCAAAAUGGUCAUGUCCGUUGACCUUUCAAGAACCAAAGUCAUAUUCAAGAACGCAUUGAGAUGUAGGUACUAGGUUCUGUAUCUAAAUAUCCAGACACAUUACUAUAUUAGAUUUUGUUUUGUUGCAUCAGAUUCAAUAAAGUUGAGGAUUGAAUUACAGUUUGCCUGUAACAUAAUGUGCUUCACCAGUGUCGGGAAAGAACCCCUGAUUACUUGAUCAAAGUGAUCAAAGUGAGGUGAGAGAGUGGCUCAAUGGUAAGGGCUUACUCUCGUCGACAAAGGAUUGCAGGUUCCAACCUCAUUCCCCCCAAAAAAAAUAGUCAAAGCGGCAACAAGGUCCUCAUUGGAACAAUGUUUGCUUGUUGUGCAAUGUCUAUACCUUCUAUUAAUGUAUUCUUUCUGUUUGUCCCACUGUAUGUUCAAGCUAGACCCACUCAGACUCAUGGUGUG